AUGAAAGCAACCGGUCGUAUCCUGCGGGCCACGCGACCGAGCAUCCUCCUUCGCCGACAACGUCCCUCUCCUGCUCAACGUUUCGCCAUUCCUGCUUCGACUCCUCUCUUCUCCAUUUUUCGUCAACGAGCUCCUUUCUCCACCGCCCUCACAAGACCCUUGAAGGGCCUGCACCCAGACAGUAGCAACCCGGAUCCGCCCAACACCGAGCCUUCGCAUAGCAACUCAUCGGGCGCUGCCCAAAUCUCAGACCCCGAGUACCAUGAGAUCGCUGACCAAUAUUUGAAUACCUUGGUGUUGGCCAUGGAAGAUCUCGCUGAGCGAAGUUCGGAGGGCAUCGAGGCGGAAUUCUCGGCCGGCGUGCUCACAAUUAGCCAUCCGAAGCACGGUACCUACGUGAUCAACAAGCAACCGCCGAAUAAACAGAUCUGGCUCUCCUCCCCGAUCUCCGGUCCCAAGCGCUACGACUGGGUCGUCCCGGGCGACUCGCAGCACGAGAAAGCCGACUCGACUGUCGACCUCGGAGACGACGGACGGAGCGGCGGCAGGUGGAUCUACCUCAGGGAUAGGAGCAGUCUCAGCGACUUACUCAGGAUGGAGUUGGGCGUCGAGCUUACGCACGGAGGCGACGGAGAGGGGGACGCUCCCGAGGGCAGAGUGAAUAGUGCACCAUAG